CCUUCAUUGAAACGCAAAGUGUGCCACAACCAUAUUACACACACACAUGAACCUCCUUCUUUCACCGUUUCAUCUUCACAUUUCACUCUCUCUUCACUGAAGAUGCAGAUCCCAACAUGUCCUUCUUUUCUUCUCUUCUUCUUCUUCUUCAACUCUCUUGUUCAUUCAUCAUCCUCGGUUCAAGAUUUCCAGCCACUACCAGCACCCAUCUCUGGCAGUGAUUACGACUACGAGCCUCAUCUGUCGCCACCGGCGCUUCCGCCUGUGCCUGCUGGUGGUGGUGGUAGCGAUUCUCUUUCCGGCGAGUCCGUUCCCCCGUCGCUGGCGGUGAUUGGGAAGCGGCACCACGGAUCUCCAGAAGCUCCGGUGAAGGACAACGGCGGUGCGUGGUGGUGUUCGGUGAGGGAGGAAGUGGAGGAGUGUCGAUUCUUUGUGAGUGUGAUUAACCAACUAACGGGCAACUCAUGGAAAUGUGUCCAAAGAGAAAAAGCCCAAGAGUGCAUGGUUUCGAUUCAGAAAGGAGAAGCAGAUUUGGUGAACUUAGAAGCAGGGCUUGCUUAUACUGCAUUCAUCAACCACUCUAUGAAAGCCAUAGCCAGUGAGAUGUACUGUGAUCAUUCCAAAACCUAUGAAGCAGUUGCAGUAGUAAACAGAAGGGUAUGUGAGAGCAAGGAAAAAAUCAGUUUAAUGGACUUCAAAGGCCACAAGUCUUGUCAUGGAGGUUACUCCACAGCAGUUGGAUGGAACUACCCUAUCAAUUACAUUAAAAAUUUAAUUAACAGUGCAGAACAGGAUAGCAGGAAAAUUGCCAUUAGUUUUUUCUCUGCUGUCUGUGCUCCAUCAGAGGUUGAAGGUUUUGAUAUAUGCAGUGCAUGCAGCAAAGAGAAUGAAACCUGCUCUGAAAGGGGUAAAUACUCUGGUCAUUCAGGAGCUUUUAGGUGUCUGGUAGAGGAAUUGGGAGACAUUGCUUUUGUCAAGAGUGAUACUGUGUUGCUCUAUUCAAUGGAGGGGCCUCAUAACCAAUUAUGGUCAACAAAGUCUGUCAGGGACUUCAUGUAUCUUUGUCCGCAAGGAGGGUGCAGAGAAAUCAAUGGCUAUCCUGGAGAUUGUUCAUUUGGAGCCGUUCCUGCAGAUGUGAUAAUGACUCAUAACUCGAUGCCCAACGAGAAGAGAGAGCAUAUUUUGGAAACAUUAACGAAUACUAGUUUGGUAGAUGCUCUUCAUGCCCCAAACAACGUUCGCGGCCACUUAUUUAGUCCAAGUACCCAAGGACUAGCCAUGAUUGAAAAGGUCACACGGCUAUAUCUGGGGAAAUCAGCUUCAAUCUCACAGAGCAUACAAAAAUUGAAUGCCCCAGAAACCGGAGACAACUCAUAUGAAGCAGAUAACGGUUCAGAAGAAGCUUCUUCAUCUUCAUACACUUGCUGUUCACAAGUAAUGACUGUGCUCUUACUCCUGAUGUCACUGCUGUUACUUGGAAUACUCACUACGAAAUAGAACAAAAAUGGGUAUUAUUCUAUUCCAUAUGAAGUACAAAUUGCUGCAGGUUUCAAUAACGAAAAGUAGUUCUGCUCACUGAAUUCUUCCGUCGAUAAUGGAAUUAAGAAAAAUUGCCAAUUUCAAAUGAAAACUAUUAAUUUUUUUGCUUUUAAGUUUAACUUGUUCAUUCGCAAACGAUAUGUACAGAUAUUUGAAAGCAUGUUGUGGUCUGCAUACCUCAGAAUCAACCUAUACCAGUUUUUACAAUUUAAUUAGUCUAUGAAUGAAGCUUUGUACACGAGAUAUAUAGCAAUAUAUACAUAUAUAUGUAUGAGAAGUGUGAGUAGGAAUGUCACCAGUGCUCCAUAAUUGAGCAAAAUGCCCAGGUCCUACAAACAAUAUCAUUCUGCCUAAUAGACACAAGUUAAUGUCACGUACAUUUAACAGCUAUAGUGCUAUACAAUGUGAAUCAUGUACUUAUUUGUGAGCAGGAACUAGUAAAGGUCACGGAGGAAACUUAUUCAUUCUGAUAUAUUAUUGGAUGACAGUAAGAUAGGCAAUAUUAUAAAUGAAAUAGUAACGAUACAAAAAUUAGGAUAGAAGAAGCAAAAUUUCAACAUUAUACACCAUAGUAAGCACAGAAAACCACUUUUGUUAGCUUCAAUCAGCAUACAUUGCUUGAUUAUUUAUCACAGAUGAGAUAGUUUCCUGAUCAAUGAUUUCUAAGCAUGAUUUCAUUUGUACAUAGUUAUUUAUUUAAGAUGCAAACCAGAAUAACAAACAGUACUCAACAAAAGAAAGAAGCCUUUGAGAAACAAGGGGUGUUCCACCUAUUUCUGACACUGGUUCCAUCUUGCAUAGAACCUUUUCAGAAGAUUAUAUUUCCAAUUACUGAGGAAAUAAUAGAAAGCUUAAACGCAAACAAUCUAUAUUGAGUUCGGAAAGAGAACAUCAUAAUUAACCGCAAAACUGUGGUGAUCAUUCAUUGUAUAUUUUAUUCUCGAUAACAGUCGUAUCUCGCUAUUAAUACUAGGGGUUUAUGUAUUCAAAAACAAUACCAUAUUCACAGGGAUUUAUCUCCUUAAAUUUAGUUGUUUAUAUUUCCUAAAUAACCAGCACGUUCAUCUAUUUAUAGGUCCAAUGACCUCAUGAUUAAGUACAAUAUUACUCCUAAAUUUGAGAUUAACAUAAACCACUUGCUUCUUUUAAUUGUAAACAACAGAAGCAUCAGCAGAUGUAUUGUGUAACCAAACAAUGACCACAGACGGAGACUUACAGUAUCACAAAAUUUCUUUACAACCAAAAUAAAAGUAAAUUAGGACAAUUGACGCUGAAGAUUUAUACUUUACUUCAACUUAGCAGCUCAGCCCGAACCCCUUAGGCUACACUUGUGUUCUUCAAUUCCAUUAUAUCUCUAGAGGUAGUUUAAACUAAAAAAACAAAACCAAUUAUUAAAUUUUACAAGCCACAUAAGAUGUCAGACCUGAGCAUUGAAUUGAGCUAAUAGGAUCAUAUAUUAUAAUGCUUAAUCAUUUUUCUGGUUCUCUACUUGUGCAAGUGUGAAAUUAAUGAGAGCAAAAAUGCUUGUGUGCCUGUUAUGUCCCUGAAAGCAACGGAGAUAGAAGAUGGGAAUUCUUAAAUUCAAUAGAGUAAUAUGUAAGAUAAUCUAAACAGUCGCUACCUUCCCGGAUUUGUAUUUCAAUUCUCGAAGAAGUGUUCAUGCAGUUCUUUAUAAAGCAGGGAAAUACUUGAAUGUAAGUUUGGUGGACUUGUUUGUAGAGCCACAUCACCAAUAAUCCUUUGAGGAAAAUAUCCACCCCUGAAAUGGUACAACUGACUAACAUCAUGAAUAACUAUUUCUUGACCUGUGAUGUCUGAGACAAGCUUCACAGAAUUAUGGAAAUCACAACAAACGAAGGUUUUUACGAGAUCUGAUACUUUUCAUAUGGCUGUUUAUUAUAAAGGCAAAAGCAAAAGGCCAAUUUCUCAUCAUGAUGAUUAAGUUGUUCUUUUCUCUCCUUGUCUGGAAUGUUAAGAGCACAUGUUAAAUUUGUGGGACAUAACCUUUUCCAUGAUUCCUUGACCCAUUUGAGCAUGGCUAUUAAUAAAAAACAUGCCACCACAAUACUUCAUUCUGCUCAAGCAUGUCAAGAAAACACCAUACACGCAAUCUCCAUGUUACAACUUACAACAUCAUAGAUUAACCAGUGCAGACCCAACAAACACGUCAGAUAAUCAGCCAACCGUAACUGCCGCUGCCUGAACCUGUUUCCCUAAACUCACAUCCAAGCACGUAUACCAAGCUUUCAAAGAAGUGGCCACUGCGAAGUAAUUCUGCAGUACUCCCCUGCCUUCCCAUCUCACAAGACAAUGCAUACCUUUCCGACCAUCACCCUCAGCCACAAUACCUUGAGUCGAUGCAGUCCAGCAGACAACACCCUGUUCAGGCAUUUCAUCAAGCACCCGGCGUGCAUAGGAGAGAAGUGGCCACAUUUAUCAAUCAGCGAAACCGAAGUAAGGAUAUUGCUCAACCCCGUUUUUCAGCUCGUGUCCAAUAUGUAUGGCCUUGUCCCCGGUUUUGUGUAAAAAAUUGAACUUCGGUAAACUAUAUCAUAAAUUAUUUGAAGAUUUUAGUAUUUAUAUCACUAGUC